AUGGCACCACCCACAAAAUAUUCUGCUGAGCAGAUCGAAUUUAUGAAGACAUUCCAUGAACAAUUCCUCAAAUGUAAGGCAAAAAAAAAUUACGAACCUCUGUGGAAUCCCUUCUUUGAGGCAUGGGGUGAAAGGUUUCCCGAGUGCACUGUAGUGUUCCCAGACAUCCCACUUGAUGUUGACUUGACCGAGGAACAAUCUGCAGUACUGUCAAAAGCCUGGGCAUUGCGUCAACAGCGCCUGAUGGAGAAAUUUCAUAACAAUUUGGCUGAGGCAGCUGCUCUGUCAAGAGCAAAAAGCUUGCUGCCUGCAUCUGAUAUAUCAUCCACUCUGGCCGUCACUCCGAGUCCUGGACCUUCCUCUCAGCCUGCCCAUGUAGCCUCUGAUACAUUACUACCUACUAGUACCCCUUUAGAUACUACAACCGCAACUUCUGAUGUGUCGCUUUCCGCCUGGGAGAUUCUUUCUCUCAUGGAAGGCAUCAACACCUUUCAAUUAUUCUCUGGGCCUGAUGGAUCCCGACCACCGAUGGACACGGAUGACAACACAUCACAGCCAUAUCUUCCCAUUCUUCUCAUGCCUUCACAACUUCCUCACAAGACAAUGCAUGGUCUCACUCAGUUUCUGCUGGACCCUGAUCCAUCUCUAGAGGAUUUUGCCCAUGCCCAACAGUUUUCAUUACCAAUUAUCACAUCACCACCAUGA